AUGGCCAGCCACAGAGCGCAAGCGCAGUUCCAGCGUGCAAAAUGGCGACUACUCCUUCUUGCCCCAGCCUGGUCGUUGCAGCUGACAUUGGCAUUUGGAAUGCUGGGGCUCUUCUCAUGGAGACUUGGCGACACUAUCCAUCACUUUGAAGCCCGAGAUAAGGCUGGUAAAGCUCCCGUUAUCGAAUAUGUCUGGGAAGCUACCAAUGUCGCAUUAUCAUCCGUCGUCGCGCUUUGCACCAUCUUCGAGAUUGCCAGAUACUUUUCUGAGUCGCUGAGCCCAUGGACAAUGCUGUUCACGCACGUCGUCAAAUUGGCAUGCGCAUCUGCCAUCCUCGCUCUCGACGUAGUCAUAUAUGUGCAACGAAGUGAUGCACGUUAUUCUCUGGUUGGCCUUGGCAUGGACGCCUUGUUACUGAUCAUUGCCAUUUCGCUUGCCAUUUAUGCCAUCAUGGCUUAUCGUCGGCUGUCCAAGUAUGACGACUACUCUCACCCUGUCAACGUCAAGCCAUACGGCUUCAACGAUGGACUGGAUGGCGACACAUCAUACUCUUCGUUUUCAAGUCGGACAGGAUUGCGAACCUCGACGGACAAACGGGGGUCGCUUGGAUCAGAGCGCCUCAGCAUUGGAUCUCUCGGGAGAUCCCUCUCGAACCCAACCCUUGUCCCACCAGCGGAACAAAGACCGAGGCGCUAUAGCCACGAGAGAGAUACACAAUUUGACGAAUACAUGGUUCGCAAGACUUCGGGCGGCUAUAAAUUCGACCCUAACUCCUCGAGUCCUCCCAGCGACACGCCCUUAGGAGAUUCAUUGACAGCAAUCGGCGCUAUCCAUUCUCGCUCAAGAGGGUCAAGUGUAUCGCAGACCAUGAGCUACACCAGCGAUCACGUCUUGGUUUCGGUGCCAGAAGAGGAGGGCGAGAUGGUUGAAAACUGGUCGAUCGAUAAGCCCAGCACACGCGUGGAAGAAGCUGGUUGGCGGUAA